CAAAAACCCCAGCGCGAGAGCAACGCGCCGCGCCAUGGAGUUCAUGUACCGCGCCGGCGACGACCGCAGCCGGUCCCCUCCGCCGCCCCCGGUGGACGCGAGCUCUGGAUCCGCCCUUGAGAUCCCGGCCAGCGAAGACGGCCAUGGAGGCGAUUCGACCCUGGUGCCAUGCCGGCCUGAUUCUCCGAUGGCGGCGGCAGCGGGCGGUGACGAGCUGCGGCGGCGGGCGAAGAAGGAGAAGAUAAGGGAGCGGAUACUCCGGGAGGAGGCGGAGGAAUGGGAGCUCGAGGCGGAGGUCCGGCGGGAGCUCAUGGGGCAGAUCUUUGCGUUGCUGGGAUCUUCUAGGAAUGCUGCAACGCCGUGCGCGUCGCCGCCCGCUGCAACGACGACUGCACUGCAGGCCGUCGCGAAGGCGAACGCAUCAGCAUCGGCGGUCACCUUGCCGGCCAAGAGGAAGAACCCAGCCACCGCCUCCGCGGCGACCAGCAGCAAAAGGUGCAAGCCUGACCUGACCUGCGCCGCGUGCGGCAUCACGGCGACCGGCGAGAAGGCCAUGGAGGAACAUCUCAGGGGGAAGGGACAUAAGAAGAAGGCGGCCGCGCUCGCGCUGUCCGCGCCGCAGGAGCCGGCCGGGCAAGAAGAGGCGGCGGAGGAUGCGGCGCCGACGUCGACGAUGCAGCUGGCUUCGGACGGCGGCUACACACCGACGAAGCUGAGCAUGCUGACGAGCGCCGGCGUCGUGUACGAGGUGUUGCAGAUGGACGGCUACCUCCUCUGCGAGGAGUGCAACGUGAGGACGGCCGACCGCGUCACCAUGAUGUGCCACCUCGAGGGUGGCAAGCACGUCUCCAAGGCCAUGAAGCUCAAGCACCAAACCGCCGGAAAGCCACCGGCGCCUGCCUUUCCCGAGAAGGUGGAGGUUGAAAGCAAACCGCACGCCAUGGCCGUGAAGUCCAAGGCGCCGGGCAGCUUCCUUGUGUGCGAUGCUUGCAACGUGAAGGCGCCGUCGGUGAGCGUCAUGCAGUCCCACCUCGCCGGAAGGAAGCACAGGUCCAAUGCCGCGGCGAAGGCGAAGUCGGAGGCUGCCAUUUCCGUGGCCGGCGAAGCUGACAAGAAACUCGAGGUGCAAGAGACGGGAGGCAUGGCAGUGGAAGACGUCGCCAGCAACGUCGACGACGACGUCAGCGAUGCUCCGGGAGGAGAGAAAGCAACGAAGAUUGCUCGUCCUGCCCCCGUUGAUGUCUUGGAUCCGAUGUACUGCAAAGUGAGGACGACGUCGGCGAGCGACAUGAGGAUUCACCUCGUCGGAAGGAGGCACAAGAACAAAUCGAAGCUUCAAGAAGGUAAGACAGCGGCGGCGGCGGCGGCCAUGCCGAUGGCCAAGGCCAAGUCAGAGGCCGCCGCCUCCAUCAAAGAACAGGGAGCAGCACAGAGAGCAUCUGCGGCGGCGACGCCACUGCCUGCGCGGCGACGUGACGCUGCAGACGCCGAUGCCUCCAUGGCGCCCACGGAAGCCAAGCAACCUGCAAUGACCAGACACGACGGUGCACCAUCGGCCGCCGGCGAUGUCGAGGCGGCCGCCGAACCCAACAGCGCCACCACCGCGGCGGCUGCCACCGGCCAGCAGCUGAAGAUCCAGGUAGAGGGGAGGAUGUUCGUGGUGCUGCGUCAGGCGAACGGCGCGCUGCUGUGCGCGCCCUGCGGCGUGCACUGCUCCGGCAAGACUGACAUGGUGUUUCAUCUCUACACCAGGGAGCACUGGGACAAGUGCGGCGCGCGUGGGCGUGAGGUGGAGGAGGAGAAGAAGCCGGCGGCGGCCGUGUCUCCUCUGCACGACGGCGGCGAUUAGCAGCGGCGAUCUUAGAGUGGGAAUGGCUCGGGUUGUUUGCCGGCAUGGCAUGUGUGGAUGAUCUUGAUCAUUAUGUCAGAUCGACUGCAAUUUUUAUGGAUUUGGAUCCCAUGCUGUAACUGCAACUUAUGCAGUGGCAGUAUAGCUGUUUGAUCCCAAUCCAACGGUCCAAAAAAAUUUUGUGACACUGUUCAUACGAAAACCAAUGUAGAAGACACUGUAGUGCGGGUAUUGUAGCAUCGCAUCUUGGCCUUUGGUUAAAAAGAUGUAAGUUUGAGAUCCGGUGCGGUUCUUAACAUGCAGUUGGUACUAUGAUAUCACCGGAUCUCAAUCCAUUUUUUAUAUUUUGGUUCUUUUAAAAAACUUAUUUU